AUGGUGUCCUCUACCGCCUUGGAAGUGAAGGCUUCCGACUUGCCACAGAUUCUCGAGAAUGAUACGAAAGUCAAAGUCGCUGGCUUCGACAUUGAUGGCAUACUACGUGGUAAGCUGAUGGCGAAGCAAAAGUUUCUCUCCAUAGCAGAGGACGGAUUCGGCUUUUGCUCCGUUAUCUUUGGCUGGGAUAUGCAUGACCAGACCUAUUUCAGAGAACUCAAAAUAUCGAACGCAGAGAACGGCUACCGAGACAUCAUUGCUGUGCCUGACCUCAACAGCUUCAGAAGGAUACCAUGGGAAGCUGACGUCCCUUUCUUCCUGGUCAGCUUCAUGGAUCCUGAUCAUGGAGGGCCGCUUAGUGCAUGCCCGAGGGGAUUGUUGAAGUCCGUAACAAAUCGCGUGCAGAGUAAGAGCUGGAGAGCAAUGGCUGGAGCCGAGUACGAAUUCUUCCAAUUCCGAGCACCCCCAGAUUCGGAUGAUGUACCUUCCAAGCAAACACCGCCGUCCGCAGCGAAAUACUUGAAAAACAAUCCCGUCAACAGUUUACCGUCCUUGACAGAGGGUAUGUUUGGAUACAGUCUGACCCGCCCAGUGCACAAUCAAGACUACUACUAUGGUGUCUUUGAUACGUGUGGAAAGUUCAAAUGCGGGAUUGAGGGGUGGCACACCGAAAGCGGGCCUGGUGUCUUUGAAGCCGCACUAGAGUUUGAUGAAAUCCAGCAGAUGGCUGACAAGGCUGGGCUUUUCAAGUUUGUCUUCUCGGAAUGA